CUGUCAGGGGCUGUGGACUAGGCAACACAACUACCUCUGCAUUCGUUUAGGGUAAAACAUAUUGAAACUGUUAUUUUAACCCACUAAACCUGGAGAGCUCCUAAAUUUAACAAUUGCUGCCCCUGGUGGUGAUGAUGGCGUCUCUCUCUUUCGAGGACUACUCUGUGUACAGUAACCUUUCUGAUGAUGAGCUGCUACAGUUGGCCAUAGAACGCAGUCUGGAUGAAGCCCACCAGUCACAGGUUCCGCUCCCGCAACAACCCCCACCCCCUCGAGAGAACCAGCCAGUCAGAACGUCCCGCACCACCCAAUACCAGAAUGCACCUGCAGCCAGAAGGAACUCCAGCUCGCAUAAUCCUCCAGUGCAGGAACAUGCUCACUACAGCUCUCCCAACCCGCCCAGUGAAAAACCACCAGACCCGAAGACUUUUCAUGGGACGAUUAGCUGCUUCAUGACAGGAUCAGGGAAGAGGAUGGUGGCCUACCGCAAUAUAGAUGACAGCAUCGCCUACAUUGGCCCAGAGCCAGACGAUGAGGAGGAGCCGAUAUUUCAGGCAAUCCGUGUGGGUGACGCUGCUCGAGUGAAGGCUCUGGCUCUUAAACCAGGCACAAACCUGAUGCUGCCCAGUAAACCUGGCUGGCUCCCCAUCCACCAGGCCGCGUGGUAUGGGCAGACCGCCUGCCUCAAAGCUCUCAUCUCAGUCCAGCCUGGGAUGUUGAACAAGCGUGCAGCCCAUGGAGAGAGCGCCCUACUGGUGGCUGUACAGAGGGACAAUCUGGACUGUGCCCUGAUAUUACUGGAAAAUGGGGCUGAUCCAGACUCUAUGAACUCUGACAAGGAAACACCACUCUACAAAGCCUGUGAGCGCUGUAACCCCGCCAUGGUGGCAACUCUGCUGAACCACGGGGCAGCGGUGAACUUACAUUGUAUCCAAGGAUGGACAGCUCUGCAGGAGGCCGUGGUGAGGAACAGUGUGGAGAUCUGUGAGAUGCUGAUAUCGGCUGGAGCCAAAAUCAACAUCCCAAACAUGUACGGCAUCAGUCCCAUGUUCACCGCGGCUCAGACCGGCAGCAUGGAUGCACUGCGCUUCCUCAUCAAACAUGGCGCAGACAUAAACACACAGGCGGCAGAUGGGAACACAGCUCUGUACGAAGCAGCUAAGAACCGUCACGAGGAGGUGGUGGAGCUGCUGCUGUCUCAGAACGCAGAUGCCAAUCGACCAGGACGCAAUGGGCUCCUACCUCUGCACAUCGCCGCACAGAAUGGCAACGAGACGACAACCUCACUUCUGAUAGCAAAGACGAGUAAGGCUCGCGUGCGGCGCUGUGGCAUCAGUCCUCUGCAUCUGGCAGCCGAGAGGAACAGGGACGAGGUUCUAGAGAUGCUCCUUGAAGCUGGUUAUGACCCAAACAUGAUGCUGAGUGAGGAGCGGAGCAAUUUGUACGAGGAUCGGCGUCGCACUGCAUUGUACUUCAGUGUGGCAAACGUAAACGUGUAUGCAAUCCGCCUGCUCCUGUCCCACGGAGCAGCCACAGACCUGGACACGCUCCCCCCGCUAAUGGUGGCGGCGCGACAGGGAGCGGUGCAGAGUGUCACCCUUCUUCUGGAGCACGGGGCCGAUGUCAAUGUCAUCGUGCCCAGCCUGACCACUUCCUUUCCCCCCCUUAUCAUGUUCUGCUCCCGGGACCCUCCUCUCCUCAAACUGCUGCUAGACCACGGGCUCAAGGCCACACCCUGUUUCAUCUGCUCCUAUGGUGACAAGCCACACCCAUCGCUCAGCAGCCAAUCAGAGGACAGGACUCGCACCAUGGAGUUCUGUGAAAUGGUGUCGUCCCCCACGGUGAGCAGGUGGGUAGGACCUAUCGUCGACCUCCUAUUGGACUACGUGGGUCAUGUGAGCUUGUGCUCCCGCCUCGUGGAUCACUUGGACAGUUACUCGGAGUGGAGCCGCAUCAAGGACAAAGCAGUCCCUCCUCGACCGCUCAUGCAUCUCUGCCGUCUGAGGAUCCGCUGUCUGGUGCCCAAACGUCGGUUAAAGCGUCUACCUCUACCCCCUCCUCUGCUUCGCUUCCUCCAGCACGAGAUCCACGAGGACCCAGACCCAGACGAGCUGGAGUUUCCAGAGUACAGCGACUUCACUCAUCAGUUAUACAUUUAGUACAAACAGAAGGUCUGAGGAAUAUAGAGGCCUGUGGGGACAACAGUUAAAAAAAACGUAUUGAUACUUUGCAGUGGGGGGUACUGCAUGUAGGUCUAUGGAGGAAUGUAACUAACUGAGAAACUGUUGGUUAAUGCUAGCUGGCUUGUGACUGUAAUGUAAUUUGAGAGAGACUAUACAAAAUCAGCUUACUAAUUGUAUUAUUAUAUUAUGUUAUAUUUAUUCUAGUCAGUUUUUAUGGUUUAAAACAAAACUCGAGUAACAAAGCUUCAGACAGAGCAGUGCCUCCCGUUAGCUUUGCCCCCUCAGGUAAUGUUGAUGACAUCAGUGCAAAGUAUCAAUAUUUCAUAUUCAUUUCAGAAUAGGUGGUUUUCAGAUUCUAGACUGUGAUGAUGUCAUACUCUCAGAUGGGGGCCAGAGACAGUUUUCUCCAUUGAUUACACGAUACUUUACCAUGAAAUAUCCCAAAGGUAAAUGCACAAAUGUCAAACCUGGUCAUUUCUAGACCCAUUAACGUCUUGUAUUACCACAUUUCACAUCAUUUUAUCUGCCCCCAUCUGGAUUAUAUCAUUUUAGCCUAUAGAAUGUUGUGAGGUCAUCUGACAUGGGCCAAUUGUGUCCCAGAUAGGAAGUAAACAUGUGAAAGCACUUUACUGCACAGCAUGGUACAACGUAGUAAUAGGACAGAAACAGAAUGGUAAGUGAAAGUGUAGAGAUGGUGAUUACCUUUUGAAAACAAGACACUCCUCUUAUUCUGCUUUAUUUCAUGAUAUUAUUAAGCCUUACUCUAAGAACACUUUAAGUUAGGGCUCUAGUCCACACUCAGAUUCUUGGUAUAAAUCUCAUCCUCACCCUCGGCGGAGGGUUCUGCACAGUAUACUAGCUGUUCCUAAUGCUGUGCUUUUCUAGACUGAGAUGUCUGAUAUUUUUCCUGGGAUCUUCUGUAGCCGAUCCUCCAGUUUGGGGGGUCACUGCCCCCAGUGCUCCGAUGAUCAAGGGCACCACUGAUGCCUUCACCUUUCAGGCCUUCUCCAGCUCUUCUCUGAGCCCCUGGUAUUUCUCUAGCUUCUCAUGUUUCUUUUUUCUGAUGUUCCCAUUUCUUGGCACUGCAAUGUCCACCACAACGGCUUGCUCUGUUUAUCCACCACCACAAUGUCCGGCUGGUUCACCAUCAUCAUUCUGUCAGUCUGUAUCUGGAAGUCCCAUAGGGUCUUGGCUCGAUCAUUCUCCACUCCCUUUGGAGGUGUUUCCCACCUUGACCCUGGGGUCUCCAGUAUAUGUAUGCUUUUCCUGCCAGCAUCUUACACUCUGCAGUUAUGUGCUGGAUUGUUUCAGGGGCCUUUUUGUACAGCCUACACCUUGAAUCUUGUCUGGUGUGGUAGAUCUGGGCCUCUAUUGCUCUAGUGCUACAAGGUCUGCUCCUGUGUAGCCAUUGGUAGGAUUUCUUGAUAUCAGCCACUUCAGUUAUGUUCCGGUGGUAUAUCCCAUGUAGGGGCUUGUCCUCCCUUGAUGGUACCUCCAGCAACUCUUCUUCUGCACUCCACAUUUACUGAGCACAUCAUCUGUUGGGGCUUUGUCCAUGAUGUACUUAUGGAUUUUGGAUGUUUCAUUCUGGACAGUGGCUCUCACGCUCACUGGGAGGCUCCUCGGCCUCCUUCCUUACAGCUCGUGUACAGUCUCAGGGUGCUUGAUUUAGGAUGGAAUGUUCCAUGCAUGGUCUGAAGCUUUCGUGUCUUAAUGUCUGUGGUCUGUAUCUCUGCCUUUGGCCAGCUUAUGAUUCCUGCUGGGUAUCUGAUUACCGGCAGGGCGGAGCUGUUUAUUGCCUGAGUCUUGUUCUUGCCAUUUAGCUGACUCCUUAGGACUUGCCUUACUCGUUGGAGGUAUUUGGCAGUGGCUGCUCUCUGUGUUUCCUCUUCAAGGUUGCCAUUUGCUUGUGGGAUACCAAGGCACUUGUAACUGUCCUUGAGGUCCGCUAUUGCUCCUUCUGGGAGUGAGACCCAUUCUGUGUGGACUACCUUCCCUCUCGUUGUCAACAUCAGGUUACAUUUCUUGAGCCUGAAUAAUAUUCCAAUGUCUGUGAUGUAGAUCCUGAUGGUGUGGAACAGUGAGUCGACGUCUGGCUCAUUCUUAGCUAACAGGUCGAUGUCAUCCAUGUAGAGGAGAGACUGAUGGUGGCCCCAUUCCUGAGGCGGUAUCCAUAGCCAGUGCCGUUGAUGAUUUGGCUGAGGGGAUACAGACCUAUGCAGUGGGGACAGUGCUUCUCCUUGGUAUAUCUUACAUUUGAUGGUCACUUGUGCAAGUGGCUUGGCAUUGGCCUCAAGGAUUUCUAAAACCUCAUCAAGUUUGUAAUGAAGGCUUUUAGGAGGAGUGGCUACAGCAGAUCCCAGGAAUAACAUCAGACAUCUCAGCCCAGA